CUUCAUUAUGUUCACAGUACUCCUGGGGGUUCAGGCUCUGUGAAUCCCCCCGUGGUGAGCACAGUUUAUGCCUACAUUGGCACUCCACCUGCACAACGCCAGAUUGCUUCAUUGGUUUGGCGCCUGGGACCUACCCAUUUUCUAGAAGAAGUUUUACCUCCUUCAAAUAUUACUACCAUUUAUGAACUUGGACCAAAUUAUGUUGGAAGCUUUCAGGCUGUGUGCAUGCCAUGUAAAGAUGCAAAAUCCGAAGGUGUUAUCCCUUCUCCUGUGUCGUUAGUUCCAGAAGAAAAGGUGUCCUUUGGUCUCUAUGCACUAUCUGUGUCCUCCUUGACAGUAGCGAGAAUCCGGAAAGUGUAUAACAAGUUGGAUAGCAAAGCCAUUGCUAAACAGUUAGGCAUUUCCUCCCACGAGAAUGCCACCCCUGUGAAGUUGAUACACAAUUCAGCAGGACACCUUAAUGGACCUGCACGGACAAUUGGGGCUACUCUGAUUGGAUAUUUGGGAGUAAGAACAUUUGUUCCUAAGCCUGUUGCCACUACUUUGCAGUACAUUGGUGGAGCUGCAGCCAUCCUGGGCCUAGUGGCCAUGGCCUCUGAUGUGGAAGGGUUAUAUGCAGCGGUCAAGGCCCUGGUUUGUGUGGUCAAGAGUAACCCACUGGCCAGCAAAGAAAUGGAAAGAAUCAAGGGCUACCAGUUACUGGCAAUGCUGCUUAAAAAGAAACGUUCCCUUCUUAAUAGCCACAUCCUCCAUCUAACUUUCUCCUUGGUGGGAACUGUUGAUAGUGGACAUGAGACCUCCAUUAUUCCCAAUUCAACUGCUUUCCAGGACCUGCUUUGUGAUUUUGAAGUCUGGCUCCAUGCACCAUAUGAACUCCAUCUUUCCUUAUUUGAACACUUUAUUGAACUGCUCACUGAGUCCAGUGAAGCUUCCAAGAAUGCCAAGUUAAUGAGGGAAUUCCAGUUAAUCCCAAAGCUUCUAUUGACCCUUCGAGAUAUGUCUUUAUCCCAGCCUACCAUUGCUGCUAUCAGUAAUGUGCUGAGCUUCUUGCUACAAGGUUUUCCCAACAGCAAUGAUCUGCUCAGAUUUGGCCAGUUUAUUUCUUCUACUUUGCCAACCUUUGCAGUUUGUGAGAAAUUUGUAGUUAUGGAAAUAAAUAAUGAAGAGAAACUUGACCUGGGAACUGAGGAAGAGUUUGGAGGUCUUGUAUCUGCUAAUCUCAUACUUUUGAGGAACAGACUUCUAGAUAUCUUGCUAAAACUAGUUUAUACAUCUAAAGAAAAAACAAGCAUUAACUUUCAAGCUUGUGAAGAACUGGUCAAGACACUGGGUUUUGACUGGAUUAUGAUGUUUAUGGAGGAACAUUUGCAUUCCACCACAGUGACAGCAGCCAUGAGGAUUCUUGUUGUCCUGCUGAGUAAUCAGUCUAUUCUCAUCAAGUUUAAAGAAGGACUCAGUGGUGGAGGAUGGCUUGAACAGACAGAUUCUGUCUUAACCAAUAAGAUCGGAACUGUAUUAGGAUUCAAUGUGGGCAGGAGUGCCGGUGGGAGAUCAUCGGUCAGGGAGAUUAACCGGGAUGCUUGUCAUUUUCCUGGUUUUCCAGUUCUUCAGUCCUUCCUUCCUAAACAUACUAAUGUCCCUGCCCUCUAUUUUCUCCUCAUGGCAUUGUUUCUGCAGCAGCCAGUUAGUGAGCUGCCUGAGAACCUGCAGGUCAGUGUGCCUGUCAUCAGCAGCCGAUAUAAGCAGGGUGGCCAGUUUGAUUUGGAUUCUAUCUGGACAUUUAUUUUUGGAGUUCCUGCCUCCAGUGGAACUGUAGUUUCUUCUAUCCACAACGUAUGUACAGAAGCUGCUUUUUUAUUGUUGGGAAUGCUCCGCAGCAUGCUGAAUUCCCCUUGGCAAUCAGAAGAAGAGGGGUCUUGGCUCCGGGAAUAUCCAGUGACCCUGAUGCAGUUCUUUAGAUAUUUAUAUCACAAUGUUCCAGACCUUGCCUCCAUGUGGAUGAGCCCUGAUUUCCUGUGUGCCUUAGCAGCAACUGUCUUCCCCUUCAAUAUUCGCCCUUACUCAGAGAUGGUGACUGAUCUUGAUGAUGAAGUUGGAUCUCCAGCUGAAGAGUUUAAAGCCUUUGCCGCAGAUACAGGGAUGAACAGGAGCCAAUCAGAAUACUGCAAUGUGGGCACCAAGACGUAUCUGACCAAUCACCCAGCUAAAAAGUUUGUUUUUGACUUCAUGCGGGUCUUAAUAAUAGACAACCUCUGUCUUACCCCUGCCAGCAAGCAGACUCCAUUAAUUGAUCUUUUGUUGGAGGCUUCACCUGAAAGAUCUACAAGAACUCAGCAAAAAGAAUUUCAGACUUACAUUUUGGAUAGUGUAAUGGACCAUUUGCUUGCAGCUGAUGUGUUAUUGGGGGAAGAUGCAUCUCUGCCUAUUACCAGUGGAGGAAGCUACCAGGUAUUGGUGAACAAUGUGUUUUAUUUCACACAACGUGUGGUGGACAAGCUUUGGCAAGGCAUGUUCAACAAAGAAUCUAAACUUCUUAUAGAUUUUAUAAUUCAACUAAUUGCACAGUCAAAGAGAAGAUCACAGGGAUUGUCUCUGGAUGCAGUUUAUCACUGCCUCAAUAGAACCAUCUUGUACCAGUUCUCGCGGGCACACAAAACUGUCCCUCAGCAAGUUGCUCUCCUUGAUUCGCUCAGGGUCCUUACUUUGAACAGGAAUUUGAUCCUGGGGCCUGGGAACCAUGACCAGGAAUUCAUUAGCUGUCUGGCUCAUUGCUUGAUUAAUCUACAUGCUGGGAGCAACGUGGAUGGAUUUGGACUGGAAGCAGAAGCCCGCAUGACUACAUGGCACAUUAUGAUCCCCUCUGACAUUGAACCAGAUGGUGGAUACAGCCAAGAUAUUAGUGAAGGGCGUCAGCUUCUCAUAAAAGCUGUCAACAGAGUGUGGACUGAGUUGAUACAUAGUAAGAAACAAGUCUUGGAGGAGCUUUUCAAAGUAACUCUGCCUGUGAAUGAAAGGGGUCAUGUGGACAUCGCUAUAGCAAGGCCACUCAUAGAAGAAGCUGGUUUGAAAUGCUGGCAGAAUCAUUUGACCCAUGAGAAGAAAUGCAUAAGUCGAGGAGAAGCAUUAGUACCCACCACACAAUCCAAAUUGUCCCGUGUCAGCAGUGGCUUUGGUCUUUCCAAGUUAACAGGAUCAAGAAGGAAUCGAAAGGAAAGUGGUCUUAAUAAACACAGUCUUUCUACCCAGGAGAUUUCUCAGUGGAUGUUUACUCAUAUCGCUGUUGUUCGUGACUUAGUUGAUACACAGUAUAAGGAAUAUCAAGAGCGUCAGCAGAAUGCUCUGAAGUAUGUGACAGAGGAGUGGUGCCAGAUUGAGUGUGAGCUGUUGCGGGAGCGAGGGUUAUGGGGUCCCCCCAUUGGUUCCCAUCUAGACAAAUGGAUGUUGGAGAUGACAGAAGGACCCUGCAGAAUGAGGAAAAAAAUGGUGCGAAAUGAUAUGUUUUAUAACCAUUACCCCUAUGUGCCAGAAACAGAACAAGAGACAAAUGUGGCGUCUGAGAUCCCAAGUAAACAACCUGAGACACCUGAUGAUAUCAUUCCUCAAAAGAAACCUGCCCGAUACAGAAGAGCCAUAAGUUAUGACAGUAAAGAAUACUACAUGCGACUGGCCUCUGGCAAUCCAGCCAUUGUCCAGGAUGCCAUAGUAGAGAGUACCGAAGGUGAAGCCACUCAGCAAGAGCCAGAGCAUGGUGAAGAUACGAUUGCUAAAGUCAAAGGUCUAGUCAAGCCUCCUCUAAAACGCUCUCGUUCUGCACCUGAUGGAGGAGAUGAGGAGAACCAGGAGCAACUACAAGACCAGAUUGCUGAGAGCAGCUCUAUGGAGGGGGAGGAAAAAACAGACAAUGCCACCUUACUGCGCCUAUUAGAGGAAGGAGAAAAGAUCCAGCAUAUGUACCGUUGCGCUCGAGUCCAGGGCCUAGAUACCAGUGAGGGGCUGCUACUUUUUGGUAAAGAACACUUUUAUGUGAUUGAUGGAUUUACCAUGACAGCAACGAGGGAAAUAAGAGAUAUUGAAACUUUACCUCCAAAUAUGCAUGAACCAAUUAUCCCUAGAGGAGCCAGGCAAGGGCCCAGUCAACUCAAGAGAACAUGCAGCAUUUUUGCAUAUGAGGAUAUCAAGGAAGUGCAUAAAAGGAGGUAUCUCCUACAGCCUAUUGCAGUUGAAGUUUUCUCUGGUGAUGGGCGAAAUUAUCUCCUUGCUUUCCAAAAAGGAAUUCGGAACAAAGUCUACCAAAGGUUUUUGGCAGUAGUGCCAUCUCUAACUGACAGUUCAGAAUCUGUGUCUGGGCAGCGGCCGAACACUAGUGUGGAGCAGGGAUCUGGGCUGCUUAGCACAUUGGUUGGAGAGAAGUCUGUGACUCAGAGAUGGGAGAGAGGUGAAAUCAGCAACUUCCAGUAUUUGAUGCACUUGAACACUUUGGCUGGCAGAUCAUACAAUGAUCUCAUGCAGUAUCCUGUCUUUCCCUGGAUCCUCGCAGAUUACGACUCAGAGGAGGUAGAUCUUACUAAUCCCAAGACAUUUAGAAACCUGGCUAAGCCAAUGGGAGCACAAACAGAUGAACGGUUAGCUCAGUAUAAGAAGCGUUAUAAAGACUGGGAGGAUCCUAAUGGAGAAACCCCAGCGUACCACUAUGGAACCCACUAUUCAUCUGCAAUGAUCGUAGCCUCAUACCUUGUAAGGAUGGAGCCUUUCACACAAAUAUUCUUAAGGCUACAGGGUGGCCACUUUGACCUGGCUGACCGGAUGUUUCACAGUGUGCGCGAGGCCUGGUAUUCAGCAUCAAAGCACAACAUGGCAGACGUAAAAGAACUUAUCCCAGAAUUUUUUUACUUACCAGAAUUCCUGUUCAAUUCCAACAACUUUGAUCUAGGCUGUAAACAAAAUGGCACCAAGCUUGGAGAUGUUAUCCUUCCACCUUGGGCCAAAGGGGACCCACGAGAAUUCAUUCGAGUCCACCGUGAGGCUUUGGAGUGUGAUUAUGUGAGUGCCCAUCUGCAUGAGUGGAUUGAUUUAAUCUUUGGCUACAAACAGCAGGGUCCUGCUGCAGUAGAAGCUGUGAAUGUCUUCCAUCACCUUUUUUAUGAGGGUCAAGUGGAUAUCUACAAUAUAAAUGAUCCACUGAAGGAGACGGCCACCAUCGGCUUCAUUAAUAACUUUGGUCAGAUCCCUAAACAGUUAUUUAAAAAACCUCAUCCACCAAAACGAGUGAGGAGUCGACUCAAUGGAGACAGUGCAGGAAUCUCAGUCCCACCAGGAUCCACGAGUGACAAGAUCUUUUUCCAUCACCUAGACAACCUGAGGCCUUCCCUAACACCCAUAAAAGAACUCAAAGAGCCUGUGGGACAAAUAGUAUGUACGGAUAAAGGUAUUCUUGCAGUAGAACAGAAUAAGGUUCUUAUCCCACCAACCUGGAACAAAACUUUUGCUUGGGGCUAUGCAGACCUCAGCUGCAGACUGGGAACCUAUGAAUCAGACAAGGCAGUAACUGUUUAUGAAUGUUUGUCAGAGUGGGGCCAGAUUCUCUGUGCAAUUUGCCCCAACCCCAAGCUGGUCAUUACAGGUGGAACAAGCACGGUUGUGUGUGUGUGGGAGAUGGGCACCUCAAAAGAAAAGGCGAAGACCCUCACGCUCAAGCAGGCCUUACUUGGCCACACUGAUACUGUCACCUGUGCCACAGCAUCACUAGCCUAUCACAUAAUUGUCAGUGGGUCCCGUGACCGGACAUGCAUUAUUUGGGAUUUGAAUAAACUGUCAUUUCUAACCCAGCUACGAGGCCAUCGAGCUCCGGUUUCUACUCUUUGUAUCAAUGAAUUAACAGGGGACAUUGUGUCCUGCGCUGGCACAUACAUCCAUGUGUGGAGCAUUAACGGGAACCCUAUCAUGAGUGUAAACACGUUCACAGGUUGGAGCCAGCAGAUCGUCUGCUGCUGCGUGUCAGAGAUGAACGAAUGGGACACACAGAAUGUCAUAGUAACAGGACACUCAAAUGGAGAGGUUCGGUUUUGGAGAAUGGAAUUUCUGCAAGUUCCUGAAACACCAGCUCCUGAACCUGAGGAAGUCCUAGAAAUGCAGGAAGACUGUCCAGAAGCACAAAUAGGGCAGGAAGCUCAAGAUGAGGACAGCAGUGAUUCAGAAGCAGAUGAGCAGAGCAUCAGCCAGGAACCUAAGGACACUCCUAGCCAGCCCAGCAGCACCAGCCACAGACCUCGGGCAGCCUCCUGCAGAGCAACAGCCACCUGGUGCAAUGACAGUGGCUCUGAUGACUCCAGGCGCUGGUCUGACCAGCUCAGUCUAGAUGAGAAAGAUGGCUUCAUCUUUGUCAACUAUUCGGAGGGCCAGAGCAGAACCCAUGUACAGGGCCCCAUUAGCCACCCACAUCCCAAUCCUAUGGAAGCACGAAAUUACAACAGAUUGAAACCUGGGUACCGGUGGGAACGGCAGCUGGUAUUCAGGCAUAAGUUCACUAUGCACACAGCCUUCAUUCGAAGGGACAACACACACCCAGCUGAAGUCACCGCACUUGGCAUCUCCAAGGACCACAGCAGGAUCCUCGUUGGUGAUAGUCGAGGCCGAGUCUUCAGCUGGUCUGUGAGUGACCAGCCAGGCCGCUCUGCUGCUGACCAUUGGGUGAAGGACGAAGGCAGUGACAGCUGCUCCAACUGCUCUGUGCGGUUUUCUCUCACAGAAAGGCGACACCAUUGCAGGAACUGUGGACAGCUCUUCUGCCAGAAGUGCAGUCGAUUUCAAUCAGAAAUCAAACGCUUGAAAAUCUCAUCCCCAGUGCGUGUUUGUCAAAACUGUUAUUAUAACUUACAGCAUGAGAGGGGUUCAGAAGAUGGGCCUCGAAAUUGUUGAAGAUUGAACAAGCUGAUUAGAGACCACAGACCCCUCUCAGAUUCCCCUGUCACAGCUCGGAAGGCAUCAGAAACAGUCUCCGUUUACACAUCUCUUCAUACCACAUGGUUGAAGUGUUGAAUUCAAAGGGAUCAUUGAAUAAACGGGUGUAGAGUACAGUACCGGGGCAGACACUAUUCAGGUGGACAGCGCAAGAAGAAUACAAGGUGGUUCCUAGGAACGACAUUUUCAAUAUCCAGUUCUCCCAGAUAACAGUAGCUGUCUCCAAGAGAAAAAUCCUCACUUAAUAACUGUCUUUUCCUGCAUCUCAUUUUUAUAGAGCUAUCCAUCCUUAUUUGGAAAAACCAACAAAAACAAAAAAGGCUUUUAGAAAAUGGUUGUAAAUCUGACUCCUUUGCAAGUAACUGUGUAUAUUGUAAAUAGGUAUAAAGGCCUUUUUUUCUAAAUAAGGACCUAACUGCCUGUAACAUGAGACUUCAAACUAAACCACUAACACAAAGAACUACUUAUGGUUUGUCUAACAUCUCUCACUUACCAACUGAUUAUAAAUGUUUUUUUAAAAUCCUCAAAGACAUUAUCUGUGUUUUUUUUCUUUUCUUUUCAAACCCAGCCUGUGUGCCUGAUGUCAUUUCUUUCAAGUUGCCCACAGUAUCUCCACUUAAACUAGGCUAAUAACCAAAAUAAUGUGGACCUUCUUUAGGAAACAGUGUGGGAGAAUAGAAGUCCAGCCGUGAGAUAACCUGGAAAUAUUAGGGCGUCUUGUACCUGGCUAUGCACCACCUCAGUGUUGCUCUUAUGUAACAAGGCCCCUUAAACUUGUGUGUGGACUGCUGUUUGGUCAAGGCAUAUAUUCUUAGUGUUGCAUAAAGGUGGUCAGGUGACUGAUGUAGUGCAGGAAGCAGCCCUGCCUCAAUUAAUGGAAUAUAUUUGCAUGUGACCCCAAAUUAGCUUUCUUGCAUAGAACAUAAUAAGUAUGUGUCUUUGGUGAUACUAAUGUUCUACUAUAACAUAUUUUCAAAAAAAAAGGUUAAAAAAAGUGUACAGAAUUAAAAUUUAAACCUGUGUAAAACUGGAUCAUGUCAGAACUGCUUAAAAUUAACCUUUACCAUUUAAUGCCAUCUACCUGAAAAUGGUGAGAUUUAUACUGUAUCAAUGUCUAUUUUUUUGUUUUUGCUAUGAAUAUAAUUACAGUAUUUUAAUAUUUAGUUAUUUAAUUUGUUCUACUAGUUGGAUACAGAACACACAAAUCCAGGGGGGUUAAAGCUGGCGGGGGCUAAGAGAUUAAGUUUAGUUUACAGAAAAGAAAGGCUUUGGUGGUGGGGUUUUUUUAAAUGUGUGUUAUGUACAUAAAUAUAAAUAUAUAUAUAAAAUCAAAUGAAACAAUUACUCUAGAUUUUAACAUUUUCAGAUACUUAGUAAUAAUAUUAUGAACAAUUCUAAAAGCCCUGUGAUUUGAAAAAUGUAGAAUCAUUAAUGGCCCCAAAAAGGAAGGACAGGCCUUCACACCCUCAUGGAGGCAUCAUACAGAGGACAGUGGCUUUGGCUAUCCCAACUUUUCAUCUUUAGGCCCUGGUAACAGGCACACUUAUGCACUAAAAUGCACAUAUAUGUACAUGCAUUCAAAACUAGGCAUUUGGUACAACAAUGAUCUUGUACCUAAUGGGCUGAAACCAGCUUAAGAACAGAUUUGUUCUUCCUGAUAACUAGGUCUCCAAGAGAAAUAGAAAGGCUGCUUUAGUGCCUUAUGCUACUAAAUUUAAGUCUUUAUUUACCUAAGUUUGAGCCUACAGUCUACUUAUGAUUACAUAUCAGAUCUGAUUAAAACACUUCCAUUUCUAAAGGUUCAGAUACACUUGUUAAUAAAAGGAUUAUUGGCAUUAAUAAUUUCACUUGAAGAGAAGUCGUGUUCUGCUUUCCUUUCUGUGUCUCACUCCUCGCCCUUCCCCAUCUCCAUCUUAUUCCCAUUCUAGAAAACAAUGCUGAUGUUCACCAGUUGCAGAAACUGUGCUGUCACACAGUACCGGGCUGCCUGCCUGCCCUCUGGAUGCAUUGUAGCAGUGUUAUUCUACACUUUUUUAAAAAAGAAGCACCCUCCUUUUGUCCACGACCAUGUUUACCCCAUAUCCAAUGGCAGAGGUGUUCCUUAAAGACUUGAAUAUAGGAAUGUGUGUGUGUGUAGUCACUUAAAGGUUAUUCCUGUAUGUAGUCCAAAGUUAUAUGGGAUGAACACUUUGAAACUUUCCAACACAACUUCCAUAAUAGAAGGUGGAAACCAAAACCCUCAUGAUAGUAUUUCCUCUGGCAGCUGGUGCUGUGGGCAACUGUUUUGUUCAAUCUAGUUUAUUUUCUUUUUGCUUCCGAGGCAGAAAUCAUAGAAUCACUCACACAUACAAGUACACUCACGCACAUAAAUUAAUUAUUUCUCUGGGUAUCUUCUGUGUUCUAUGUAAAUUUGUUUACCAACACAUAUUCUCAGUGUGUACAUCCACCUUUGUGUGGUCUGCAUUCUUUCUCUGCGAGUACCUCACAGGGCUCCUGCCUGAUCUUCGUAGUUUUAUUUGUUCGUCCAUCCUUCCCAUCCACCCACUUAUUUGUCCAUGUACUCUAACAUUUGUGUGUAGCGUGCAAGUGUGAUGUCAUGCUUUUGAAGAAGAGAAUAGCUGCCCAUAGCAGCCAUCCGU